AUGAUACGAAGUGGAGAAUGCGACGCAGCUAUCGUGGGUAGUGCCAACCUGUGUUUUCAUCCCAACUUAACGUUUCAGCAAUUUCAGUUCGGAAUCCUCUCCCCUGAUGGUUAUUGCAAGCCGUUCGAUGAGAGCGGUUCCGGUUAUAUGCGCAGUGAAGCAACCGUAGUAAUAUACCUACAAAAAGCAAAGAACGCAAAACGAAUCUACGCUACCUUAGUCUAUUCUAAAACUAAUUGCGAUGAAGACUUUUACGAUGAGUGUGGCAUCACACCCGAAGAGCUGUCUUACAUCGAAGCUCACGGCACUGGUACUUUAGCAGGAGAUCUGGUAGAAAUUAACGCCAUCGAUCAAGCUCUAUGUUCAAAGAGGAGUACUCCUUUAUUAGUGGGUUCGGUGAAAUCGCGUUUCGGGCAUACUGAAGCUGCCGCUGGUCUCUGUCAAGUGGCGAAAGUUCCUAAAAUCGCUCUAUUGGUGAGCUGCAAAGUGUAA